AAUUUUUAUAUUUUUCAUUUGCAACAGCACGAAGAGAGCUUCGUCGUCAUGUCGCGAGCGAGAUCCAGAAGAGUCGAACUACCUCCCGCUCAAGAGAAUAUUGAAAAGUUGGAGAAGGUUGUGAACGAGGGAAACUAUUAUGGAGCUCAACAAAUGUACAAAUCCACUAGUGCCAGAUAUGUAUCUGCUGAGAGGUACUCUGAAGCAUUAGAUAUCCUACAUUCAGGAGCAUGCAUACAAUUGUCUCAUGGGCAGGUUACCUGUGGAGCAGAGCUAGCUUUAAUGUUUGUGGAGACAUUAGGGAAAGGGAAAAUUCCUUAUGAUGAAGAAAUUCUUGGUCGACUCAAGAAAAUCUACACAUCAUUUCCUCGGGUUCCAUUGCCGCCACACCUGUGGGAUGUCGAUGACAUGCAGCAGCUUUCUGAAAAUAUUGGAAAUGCAAAGAUACGUGUUGAGGGUUGCUCCUCAUUCUUAAAAGCUGCUAUCAAGUGGUCUGCUGAAAAUGGAGCAAACAGUAAUGGAUCUCCAGAGCUGCACAUCAUGCUAGCUGAAUACAUAUUUUCUGAAAGUCCUGAAGUGGAUAUGGCUAAAGUGACAUAUCAUUUUGUGAGAGGAAAUAAUCCUAAGAAAUUUGCUUCUACUCUAGUGAGUUUUUUGGGCAAGUGUUAUCCUGGUGAAGAUGAUUUGGCCAUUGCACGGGCAGUUUUAAGGUACUUAUCUUCACGCAAUUUGAAAGAUGCAAACAUACUAAUGGAGGAGGUAAAGAAGCAAGUUGAAUCAUCUGAGAUUGAGUUUCCUAAGACAGAGUUGAUGCAGUUCAUUAACUAUCUUUUGCAAACGUUGGAGAGAGAUGCUUUGCCCCUUUUUAAUAUGUUGCGAACAAAUUUUAAGCCAUUUAUUGACAGGGAACCUGCGUUCAAUGAGAUGCUAGAUGAUAUUGCGGAGAAGUUCUACGGAGUACAGCGAAGGAACCCCAUGGGGAUGUUUGGAGAUAUAUUCAAGUUGAUGGGGGGCGAGUUUUGACAAUCGUUAUGGAGGCGUUACCAACUAAAGCAGCAAUUCUAAGAAGGUUCAAAUAAUUAUAUAUCCCAUAUGUUUAAGAUAGAGCAAGUUCACCUCAUUGAACAAAAUCUGUGUAAUCUCGUAUUUUGUAAAUGCUAGUUUAACAAUUUUGAGAAGUACCCGUUCGAAUUUUUUUGAUGUAUAAACUUAGUGAGUAUUGUUUGCUUCGUAUAAGUUCUUCGCCUUCCUGGCAGAAUCAAGGUUAAAUGACGUGCAAGCAACAAACAAUUUUCUUCCCCCCAAAAGCCUUGUCCAAAAGUUUUACCUUUGUGAGCACCACUUUCAAUUAUCAAGAGUUUUACAACCCCAUACGACCAU